CACUCGCACAUUAAACCAGAAAAACGGGAACCCGCUCUAGGCCGCACGUGGCGGCGAGUCUCGGGGGGGCAGCCACUACGCUUUUACCCACACACAUUCAUCUGCUCAGAAUGGAGCACCUGAAGGUAGGUGAUCCGUGCCAGGAGUGUCUGGCACAGGGCAGGGAUCACAAGCUGCGCCUCUUCUACCUAAAUCUCGAGGAGGAUCAGCUGCUCAAGUGCGAGGCAAGGACCUGUUUGUGGCCACACAACGAUGAGAUUUCCUCGGACGAAGAGGUGGAUUUUGAGACAUCAGAUAUACCAGCUUCACCAUUAUCUGUGCCAGUUGCUUCACCACAAUUUAUGCCGCCAGCUCCACUACAAUCUAUGCCACCUGCUUCACUACAAUCUCUGCCUUCUUUGCUGGAAGAUCUUAAUGCUGAUCCAGCAACUAGUGUCCCUUGGGAGGAGAGUCCAAUGCCAUUUGAUGACCCCAAUGAGGGCGAUGACGACGAAUUUAUCCGCCAGCUGCUGCAGAACCUCACACCUGCCACAGAAACAAACUCUGAUGGGACAACCCAAGAGCCUAAAUUGAAUCUCAACUCUUUGCCGGAUCUUAAAACGCUAACAGAAGUGAAACCCACCCUGGAACCACAGCUACCAGAUUUGAGCUGCCUGGAUGUAAACAUUCCCGAGCAGAACAGCAAGCCCACAAAGGCGGAAAUACCUCUGCUGCCCGCCAAACUGUUGCCUCUGCCAAAGCUCAAGGCUCAAGGAAGGCAGACUUACCCCAGAGCCAAGCAAUCAGCCCAAAAAAUUCAAAUUCCAGCGAAACAAGAGUAUGAAAUUCCGCUUCAGCCCGCCAAGCUUAUGAGUCCACCAAGCCCAAAGGGGGAACCUUUCAUCAGUGCGCCCCAGAAAGCAUCCACGCUGCCACGCAGUCCCACUGCUGCAGUCCAGCCAGCCUUUAACAUCAUUAUCAGUAUUCCGGAAAUAAAUCCAACCAAGUCCUUUAUGGACGCCGUCAGUCGACAUUCGGCAGCAGCAAAACCUUCGUCCCGUGGAGGAGGUAGAAGCACCACGCGCCCGGCCAUGGGUAGAAAGCCACGCACCCAGGCGGUGAUGCAGAUGAUUGAGCAACUGGAAACCACCAAGCGAACGUCAUAAGCAACUGGAAUUUUUUUUUUUAACGUUUUUCGAGUAUUCCAAAUAAAUUUGCAUAUGAAAUUAUGCAUGCAUCUACCGGACCACAAUUCAAGUUCGUUUAUUUAUAAACAAUUCCGCUUUGUUUGUAUUAUAUAUACAUUUUAUUUGGCGACGCGAUUUGCGGAUUAUUAAUGCUCGGCACGCGUCUACCGCAUGUUCAAGUGGCCAGGAGAGAUAUGUGGCGGACAUCCUGCUAUCAGCAGAUGUGAACUUUGGAAAGGAGGUCGCAGCAAGUGCGUCAUGCGGAGAGCGGUGCCUUUCAAGCCGAGAUUAGCCCUGAAGCGGGCUGUAAUUGAUAAGGCACAUUUAGGCGUCAUCAAUAGUGAGCUCUAUAUCUAAUCAGGCAUUACAUCGCCCCCCCUUGGCUAUAUAUCAGUUCAAUGAACGUGGGAAUGUGUGUGGGGUAAUCGCUUUCGUGUGACCGGAGCAAAGCACUUGAGCCUCGUUGCCAACGGUUGCUGCGUAGUUUGCCUAGGUGGGCGGGCGUGUCCGGGCAGUGGGCCAAGUUUAUUGUUUGUUUGGUCAGCUAUAAAUACCCUAAAAAUGCGAGACAACCUAAUCUAUUUGUU